AUGUUAAGUCAUUAUGGCUGCAUUCUUUUGCUCCAAAGUCUUGCCCAAGAGGUAGAACGACCGUUAGCGGAAGAGGAGGCCUUUGGAAUCAUUAGUCAGGCGGUGGCUCCGAACGAAAACAACGUUCUCAAAGUUAAGGGACGAGUAUUCGCGCAAGUCGACCGAGUUCGAGCGGAGCAUCCUGAAUGCCAGAUGGAAUGUGUCGACCACAUGUGGAAGGACGAGUGGUGUAACACAGCCUGUUAUACGAGCGAGUGCGGUUACGACGGGCAUGAUUGCGAUGGCUGGUGCGCUCCGGAUUGUAAGCCGGGAUGGCCAGGAGACGGGAAAUGCGACCUAGAUUGCUUCCGAGAGGAAUGUAAGUGGGACGGAGGGGAUUGCGACGGCAAAUACGAGCAAAAUCACAUUGGUUUCCCUCCUCCGGAUCCAAUUGCUUUUGACUACGGCGGGUGCAAGUGCGAGCCGCGGCUGCUGAACAACGCCCACUGUGAUUGGGAAUGCAAUUCAGCCGAGUGCAACUGGGACUCUGGUGACUGCCGUCAUCAGUGUUCCGCCGGAUGCUUCACCCAGUGGCUGGGUGACGGAGAGUGCGACACGUUAUGUAACAACGAGUCUUGCUUUUUUGACAAGGGCGACUGCGGUGAGUGUGCACCGGGUUGUACGGCUGACAAAAUCGGCAACGGACUAUGCGAUGCGGCUUGCAUGAACGAGAAGUGCACGUGGGAUAUGGGGGACUGUGCUGGCUACUGCAAAAUCUACCCUAUUGACUACAAAACAAUGCCAUUUGAGUACAAUGCUUGCCGAAAAGAAUUUAUAGGCGACGGUCAAUGCGACUGCAUGUGUUUCAACAAACAAUGCAAAUUCGACGGAGGAGACUGCAUCGGCCAGGAAGAAGAAUGCCGUGCACAGGUCGCCCGCGCUCAGGGUCGAGACGGCAAGGGCUACGACCCGCCGUAUUAA